AUGAAGACCUCUGUCGUCUUCUCCAUCUUGGGAGCCGCUAUUGCUCCCGCCUUUGCCAGCGUCGUCGCCCGUCAGUCAAAGGGAAAGCUGCCACCGGUCACCGUCAAGGGCAAUGCCUUCUUCGCCGGCGAUGAGCGUUUCUACGUCCGUGGCGUUGCCUACCAGCCAGGUGGUGCCGCCGACGCACAAGACCCUCUGCUCGACCUCGAGGGUCUCGCACGCGAUGUCGAGAACUUCAAGUCGCUCGGCAUCAACACUGUCCGUAUCUACACCAUCGACAACUCAAAGAACCACGAUGAGGGUAUGAAGAUGCUCGACGACGCUGGUAUCUACCUGGCGCUCGAUGCCAACACGCCCGACUACUCUCUCAACCGUGAGAAUGAGGACACCCUCCACCGCUCGUACAACGAUGUGUACCUCCAGUCCGUCUUUGCCACCAUCGACGCCUUUGCCGACUACAACAACCUGCUCCUCUUCUUUUCCGGAAACGAGGUCAUCAACGCGAAGAACAACACCAACGCUGCUCCUUACAUCAAGGCUGUCACUCGUGACAUGAAGCAGUACAUCUCCAACAGGCACAACCGUGUCAUUCCCGUCGGAUACUCUGCCGCUGAUGUUUCGGAGAACAUUGAGUUCCAGGCUCUCUACUUCAACUGCGGUACUGACGAUGAGCGCUCCGACUUCUUUGCCUUCAACGACUACUCCUGGUGCGACCCCUCGUCUUUCACCCAGUCUGGAUGGGACCAGAAGGUCAAGACCUACGAGGACUACAGCAAGCCCAUCUUCCUGUCUGAGUUCGGCUGCAUCACCAACACCCGUCAGUGGGGCGAGAUCGAGGCUCUCUACUCCACCAACAUGACCGGUGUCUACUCUGGUGGUCUCGCUUACGAAUACACUGUUGAGCCCAACGGUUACGGUCUUGUCGAGGUCGGCGACGAUGGCAAAAUCUCGCCCAACGAGGACUUCGAGCGCCUCGCUGAGGCUUACAAGAAGACUGCUAACCCCUCCGGCGCUGGUGGCUUCAAGGAGAACGGCGAGGCCUCUGAGUGCCCUUCCGAGUCUGACGAGUGGCAAGUCGAGGGCACCACGCUCCCUGCCAUUCCCAGCAAGGCUAUGGCGUUCAUGGAUGAAGGUGCCGGUGAGGGUCCUGGUCUCGAGGGCGAUGGCUCGCACUUCUCUGGUGAACCCAGCGAGUCUACUGCUACCCCCGGAUCUGGAAGCCCCACUCGCUCGCCCACUCCCGGCUCCAGCGGUGGUGCUGGCAACCCCGAGGGUGCUGCUGCUGGUCUCGACGUACCCCUCCGUUUCGUCGCUAUGAUCGCUGCCAGCGCUCUCUUCGGUGCCGCCAUUGUAUUCUAG